UGGAACCCCGCUUGAUUUGACUUUUAAAUAAGCGUACCACCGAGUGAAAACCACACCAGUAUUGCUAUAUUUUGUUACAAAGGAAACACAAUGCAAAGCCAAUAUAUAUCCAGGAUCACGAAUAGCGCUUCCAUCGAGAGAGUCCUUUCGCUCACACAUUUGGUAAUAAAACGCUAAUGACGAGGUGUUGUCUGAAUAAAACGAUGAAUGGCUGCAUUAGUGUUGCUUUUUUAUUUAUUUAAUACUGUUGCUUGUCGUUGAGCAGCGGCUCCUUGACGAACUCUAAAAGAUUCCUGCACUUUGCGCGCUCUGCCAGAUGCGCAGCGCCUCCCCAACCGGAGCUCACUUGGAAACGUUCCUGGACUGGAGCGGGAGAGCGGAAUAUAGGCUCGUAACGGCGGUGCGUUACACUGAUCUGACUCACCUGAAGUAGCCACAAACACACUUUUCUACAGUUUGGUUAUCGAAAAUACUGUUCGGUGCCAAACAUGUUUGGAAUUUGGUCUCUGUGGUGCUCUUUGGCGUUCGUGUUUUCUCAUUUGGACCACAAGUUCGGGGCACGCGGUGAGAUAAGUUGCCCGGCAUUGAAACGCAGGCACGAGCGUCUGCAGGUGAUGCCGCCGGAGACAACGGGUGUUAAAGGCUCAGUCGUAAAUAACAACAGAACAGAGUUGCUCAACGGCUUGACUGUGGAAUACCCUAUUGUUGACGACGGGGACCCCAACAGUGACGGAGCGCCGCAACAGGAUCUAGCGAGAGAAUCCGGGAUGGAGGACCCAUUUGCUCAAAUCUCUGCAAACCCUUACCCUAACCCUGACCCGAAGAGCAAAAGGAGAAAGAGGACAAUACGGAGUGUGGCGAGGAGACACGCCGAAGUUUUCGAGCGGAUACCAGUGGGUCAGGCUGGGCCAAGUCUUCUGAAGACCGCGCAGGGAGUGUACAGCUCCAGGGCCGAGUACAGGCGCAGCGGGGAGGAAGGCAAGGGGUCCGGCCAGCGGCAGACUGAGCCCUACCUGGACACCUCCACCUUUGCUUUGGCCGGUGACUCCGCGCACAACCAGGCGAUGGUGCACUGGUCUGGACACAACAGCAGUGUGAUCCUGAUAUUGACCAAGCUGUACGACUUCAAUCUCGGCGCUGUAACCGAAAGCUCAUUAUGGAGAUCUGUGAAUUAUGGAAGCACUUACACAAAAAUGAACGACAAAAUCCGCUCGAGAACGGUGUUGAGUUAUCUUUAUGUAUGUCCGACCAACAAGAGGAAGAUAAUGCUGCUGAGUGACCCUGAGAUGGAGAGCGCAGUGCUCAUCAGCUCUGAUGAAGGGGCGAGCUUUGAGAAGCACCCCAUUAACUUUUAUAUACAGAGCCUCCUCUUCCACCCGGCUCAGGAGAACUGGAUACUGGCAUUCAGUCACGACAGCAAGUUGUACAGUUCAAUGGACUUUGGAAGGAAAUGGCUUCUCGUGCACGACAACGUAAUGCCGGGCCGAUUCUACUGGGCAGCGGUGGGCUUGGACAAGGACCAGGACGUGGUCCACAUUGAGACUCGUAUCGCUAAAAGCCGGGCCCAGUACGUGCGGUGCCGGGCCCAGCGCUGUACAGAGGCCGACCGGCAGUACCUGUUCCCUGGGUACGUGGACACCAACUCCCUGGUGGUGCAGGACGAGUACGUCUUCACUCAGGUGACAAAGUCGGGGAGGGCCAGCUAUUACGUGUCCUACAUGAGGGAGCCAUUUAAGCAGAUGCAGCUGCCUAAAUACUGUCUUCCCAAGGACAUGCACAUCAUCAGUACAGACGAGAAGCAGGUAUUUGCUGCAGUGCAGGAGUGGAACCAGAACCACACAUACAGUCUGUACAUCUCGGACUCCCCCGGGGUCUACUUCACCCUCUCCCUGGAGAACCUGAGGACCAGCCGGGGCCCCGCGGGUAACCUGCUUGUGGACUUCUACAAGGUGGAAGGCAUCCAUGGCAUGUACCUGACCAACAAGCUGAUAGACAACCGAGUGAAGACCUUCAUCACAUACGACAAGGGCCAAACCUGGGCCCUUCUACCGGCCCCGACCACGGAUGUGUCGGGAAACAACCUCCACUGCGUACUGCCAUUUUGUUCACUGCAUCUGCAUCUGGAGAUGUCAGAGAACCCCUACACAUCUGGACGCAUCUCCAGCAAAGACUCGGUGCCCGGGAUCGUGAUUGCUACAGGAAAUAUCGGAACGGAGCUGUCCUCCACCAACCUUGGGAUGUUUAUAACAUCUGAUGCGGCCAAUACCUGGAGACAGAUCUUCGAGGAGGAGCACAGCGUUUGGUUCCUGGACAAUGGCGGUGCUUUGCUGGCCGUUCUCCACUCCAACACCCCCCUCCGCCACUUAAAGAUCAGUCUAGAUGAAGGGAAGAAAUGGACUCAGCACAGCUUCUCCCUGGCGCCUCUGUAUGUGGACGGCGUGAUGAUGGAGCCAGAAGCUGAGAACCACAUCAUCACGUUUUUUGGACACUUCAGCCACCGAUCGGAGUGGCAGCUGAUCAAGAUCGACUACAAGGGCAUCUUCAGCCGGCGCUGUAUGGACGGUGAUUACCAGACAUGGCACUUACACAACAAGGCCGAGCCGUGUGUGAUGGGGGAGAAGCAGGUGUACAUGAAGCGCCGGCCUGGUAACCGCUGCAUGCUGACCCAGGACUACUCCAGGAUCUACUCCUCUGAGCCCUGCCCCUGCAGAUCCUACGACUUUGAGUGCGAUUAUGGCUUCGACCGCCAAUCGGACGGGAAAUGUUCCCCUGCCUUCUGGUUUAAUCCCAACACCACCACUAAGAGCUGCAGCACCAGCCAGAGCUUCCUCAACAGCACCGGGUAUCGAAAGGUUUUGUCCAAUAACUGCAAGGAGGGAGGGAGGAGCGUGUUCUCCCCCAGGAGGCAGGCCUGUCAGCCCAGCCCCCCCCGGGGCCUGCGCCUGUCCACCAGCCAGGGGGAGCUGGUUGCGCCCGCCGGGACCAACGUCACCUUCCUGGUGCAGCUGGACCAGGGGGAUUCUCAGAAGACCCACAUCCAGCUGCACUUUGGGGACGGCAUUAAGAUCACAUACUCCAACCUGAGCCGCACCAGCGACGGCAUCAAGCACGUCUACAGCGCCACCGGGAUCUACAGGGUGACCGCGCUCGCCGAGAACAGCCAGGGGUCCGACAGCAGCACGCUGUUCCUACACAUCACCAGUCCAGUGGAGCGUGUUCACCUCUCAGCCCCCAUGGUGGUGAGCAGGCAGAGGGAGGUCAACCUGACCGCCGUGGUGUGGCCCAGCCACUCCAGAACACUCACCUUCUUCUGGUGGUUCGACAACAGCUCCGAGCCCCUGAUAACCUUGGAGGGAACAGUGUCGCACACCUUCCAGAGCGAGGGGACCAGUAAGGUGACAGUGCAGCUGUCCUCCGGGGGAGUCGUCAUCCAGGACUCAAAACGUAUAACCGUCAAAGAGCUCUUCAAGUCACUGCUGCUGUCGUUCUCGCCGGCGCUCGAUGACCACAACCCGGACAUCGGAGAGUGGAGGGCUGACGUGGGGCGGGUGGUCCGGAGGGCCCUGGCUCAGGCGUCCGGCUUCCCGGCGGACCGGCUCCUGGUGUCGCUGUACCCCGGCCUCCCGACUGUAGGGGAGCUAUUCAUUCUGCCUGACACGCACACGCAGUCGGAGCACAAGAAGAGCACACAGGAAGCGCUGGAGAGGGUGUCUGACACGUUCAUCAACGUCCUGAACCAAGGCUUGAUCCAGUUUGAGCUGAAGCCUGAAGUACGCAUCAUUGUGUACAUGACGCAACAAACACUGGCGCCUCAUGUGGAUCCGGGGUCCAUCCACAGUGGGCCCGCCCUGCUCAUGCUGCUGUCGGUGGUGUUCGUGGGCCUCGCAGCGUUCUUCAUCUACAAGUUUAAAAGGAAAAUCCCCUGGAUUCACGUGCAGGCCGAAGACAGCCAGGAGAAGGACCCGGAAGUGAUCAGCACGGUGGGUCAGAACGACAGCAUGUCAAAGGUCAAGCUCAGCGAGUUCCCCUCCCAGAAGGACCUCCUGGAGAAAGAACUGGAGAUAAGGAGCAGAGGAAUGGGAAGAAACAUGGAGAGAGUAAUCACAAGGGAGUUUCCGAACUGCACUAACGUCUGAUGUGGUCGUAGUCAAGUGUAAGUACAGGGUGGUUGGUGUAGUGAUCGGGAUGAAUAAUGUUUCGCUUUUACAGAACUUGUUCAUCAAACACUGUUUUCUGCAUUGGGACGCCACUUUUGACAUUCAUUCAUAGAAUAUCAUGAAUAUUAUUAUCGUGACGAAGAAACAAGUAUUCUACAAAGCUGGACUUUAAACGUGUAAAUACGUCGAACGAAAAAGAUAUGUAGUUACGUGUGUUAUUAUUAUAAAGUGAUCUAUGACGGAAGAAUUUUACGACACAAACAAGAUUAGGGAAUUGGGGAAUUGGCGAAUGUAUGUGGCACCCUUUUGGAUUUCCAGAAAGGUGUGGCUAUAUAUCAUAUAAACUGAUAUUGUAUAUUUAGUUGAUUAUCAGGGAUGGGAAAUGGUUCCCCCAUGAUCUCUUAGACGCUGAUACAUAGUGAAUACAUGUCAUUGAUGAAUUGGCCAUGGACGCCUUUCUACUAGGUGUUUCAAUACAUGUACUGUACAAAAUAAAUGAUGGAAUGUAAAAAAAAUAUUAUUCAGUAUAUUUACUUCUUGUUAUAUUGCAGGACCCAAUGAACAGGCAAAAUGGCUACCGUUAUUCUUGUUUUUUUACAAUAUUAAGUUACAUUUCUUUGUUUUAUUUACUGUAGCACGCCUAGUAAUCUUAGGAGACACACACUCACACAUACACAGUGUUCGUGGUGAUUUUAAAGUUGACUAAAGACGAAGAAUUAACAAAGAUUUUGUUUUUCUAGUUGUGCGGUCGUGCAUGAUAUAUCAAAUGGCUCUUUUCGGUUCUUGUUAACGUGAACAUUCACUUGUUUGGGAUCACAUUUCUUACUGUGAACAAAUAAUUGUUUUCAAAUUGUUUUCAAAUAAAUGUAUUUUUUUAUGGAA